GUGUUCGUUGUAGCAUUGUUACGUCAUUGUAUUUGUGACGUCACAAUGGAUUGUCAUUGAUUCUGUAGACGUAGAAAUCAUGGAUUUUAGCUAUUCACUUCCGACGAUUUGUGAAGAAAGAAUAUACGAAGAUGAAGAGGAAAUUCACCAAAGAUAUUUCAAGAUGCUGGAUAAUGGACAUUCAGUACUCGUAGCAGACUCGACCGAAGGCGAGAAUCAGAGAAACUUCAACAUCUCUGGCCUUUAUACAAUAUGCGAGGAUGAAAAUUAUGAGUCUGAACCUGGAAUGCAGGUUGAACUUGAAUCCGAUAAAGGAAAUAAGUCAUCAACUUCAAAAAUGACGGAGCACUCUUCUGCUGAGCUCGAUAUUCAGCUUUCUAGCUUUGUCAGAGAAGAACUAGACGUUAUUCCAGAAGAGAAAGUAUAUGAUGACCCAUUGAUUAAGCUGAGAUACUUCUUGUCUAAUGAGGCUGGAAUACCAAGAAAAUCUACCCCUGAUGCCGUUAGAAAGAUACAAAAUGACACACUUUUACGACACUGGGUUAAUCUCUGCAGUGAAAAUAUCCAAGAAAAAAGAAGUCUUGAAAGGGAAUUGCUGGGAUGUACAGAAGAUGAGGGAGUAUGCUGGCAAAAAGUUGUGGAGCACAAACUUUCAACUCUUCAGGUAGAAUGCAUCAAACUGGAAAAUAUUUGUAAACAGAUGAAGUCUGAUUUGAGCUCUCAUGUUCCAGAAGUCUCUUUGUCAGUUGGAGAACUCACUGAACGUAUCCGAGAAAUUUGUCGAGAACGAAUGCGAUGUUAUAGAUCUUCAGGAGUGGAUGAAGAAAACAUUCAAAGAAAAGAAAAUAUGUUUCCACAAGGAAACGUAGAGCCUGUGGACCUACCAUCGGUUAACCAGCAAAAAUUGGUAUGCAUAGGAAGAAAAACGAAAUUACAUGAGGAAUGUGAGAAAAGCAAAGCUUCUGAAGAGAACCAUGCAUAUGCAAGUAGAAAAGAACAAAGCCAAAACGGAAAGGAGCUACGUCAAGAAAAUGAAAAGAUUUUCAGAAAACCCGAAAUCAAUGACAUCAUAUCAGAGAAAGCCCACAAAGAAAGUCGAAGCGGACUUUUAAGCCAGGGAAAAGAUUUCGCUCUCAAUGAUGGAUGUUCACAGUUGCAAAUCCAUGGAUCAAACGGAAGUUCUGGUUCACCUCCAAUUUUUUCACACUCUGUAAACGGACUUCACAACGGAGUUAAACUUCCACAAAUUCAGUCGUGUCUACAAAUGAAAGCUGAAGUAAACCAUUUUUUACAUCAAAGCAAAAGUGUCUUCAAAAUGCCGGAAAUCCAAACCGCCAAAAAGCAGAUCCGCCCGGAACCAUGUUCUAGUGCGUCAGAUCCAAACCAGACGACAUGUAAGUUACCAUCAAUAUAUGGACAGGCAGUAUAUGAGAAGAAAACGACAACACGCACUCUAGCAUCCCCUAAAAUUCUUCCUCCAUUAUUGAGCAUCCCAAAGUCAUCGAAGGAGAUUCGAAAAUGUUUCCAGGUCCCAAAACAAAAACGGCCUCUGAUGUCCAUUGGCAAAACAAAUUCAUACGAUAUUUUAAUCAUUGAGCACAGUGACAACAAUACGUCAGCCAACAAAAAGAAAAUGUCAGAGCUACUCAAUUCUGAUAGGGAUGAAGGUCAUUACAAGGGCAAGGUGUUAGCAUAUGUAGAGGAAACUGCAACGGGUACCAAGGAGGUUAAAAAGAAACAUAACAAAAAUCGAAUUCCUAGUGGCAGACGACAUGGUCGUCCGUAGAAAAGGAUUUUAGCCAGGCACAAUGGCUGAUGCUUAUUGGAAUAAAAACAGAACUAGAAGAAAAUCAUAAUGAAAUUGUGUACCAGUUGUGUACCAGUUGCAAAAACAUUCUCCAGCAAUACAACGUACUGUUGAAGACCUUCCGAAUUUUCCCUUACCAAGUUCACUGUACUGAAACCUUUUUUGCAAUGAACAUCCAAAUUAAAAAUAGUACAAAAUGGAGCAUUCCUCCCAGGAAAACAGAAAGCCAAGAAGGACAAACAGAAUUCUUCCAAACUGCGGAGUACACUUGUUUUUAAUGCACAUACAUGUAU